AUGACAUAUUGAUGACGUCAAAUUCAUGCUGCCGUGGAACAUCAACAAACCGCUGAAUUAGCCAAACGUUAACAUUGCGUUUACAUUUGUUACUUUUCUGUGCUAGUACUGUAACUCUUAGUCGGCAGAAAUGUCCGGAAAGGCCAAGGAUAUCCUACAAAUAGACCUGUAUGGUUUACUCGGUAUUGACAGCACUGCUACAACGAAAGAGAUCAAGAAAGCUUAUCGACAGAAAGCCUUGACAUGCCAUCCGGAUAAGAACCCAGACAACCCAAAAGCAGCUGAGCUCUUCCACCAGUUGUCCCAGGCUCUUGAGGUGCUAACUGAUGCUGCUGCCAAGGCUGCCUAUGACAAGAUUUGUGCUGCCAAGAAACAAGCAGAAGAAAGAAACCGGAAACUAGAUGAUAAGAGGAAGAAAAUUAAGCUUGACUUGGAGGCCAGAGAGCGACAGGCGGAAGCUCAGAGCCAGGAGGAGGUGCAAAUCACUAGAACACUUGAGGAAGAGAUUGCCCGUUUAAGGGAGGAGGGAUCCAGGCAGCUUGAGGAGGAACAGAGGCUCAUCAGAGAGCAGAUCCAGAGGGAAAGAGAAGCACAGCAAGCAGGAGAUUACACUCAGAGAAACUCAGGAGUGGAGAGUUUUUCCAAGAGCAGUGUGACCCCCAAAUUAAAGUAUGGGGAUGUUUUGAAUGUGAUUCUGUCAAGUAAGAAGAAAGGAAGUGCUGUGGUCGAAUUUGCAACUGUGAGAGCAGCUGAGCUGGCAGUGAAGAAUGAAAGCGGCCUGAGUGGAAACCCCUUGAAGAUUUCGUGGCUUGACGGACAGCCUGAGGUUAUUGCUCCAGUAUCUCAACCUGGCCAGUUCAUGUCUUCACAGGCCUCCCUGACAAAUGAGCGUGACUACGAGAGCGUGGUGAUGAUGAGGAUGAGGCAGGCUGCUGAGCGACAGAGACUCAUAGAAGAAAUGCAGAGAGAGGACGAGGAGGAGGCUGCCAGAUCGUAGCACAGCAGGAACCCAGCUUGGUACCAGCCUGCAAUUAUUACAUGAACACCUGUUUCAGGCUUUAGUUUCAUAAAGCCUCUUAGUAGUUUUUGUAUGUAAUACACUGUGGUAAAAUAAAUAUUUUUAAUAACUAAAAAGAAACAUUCAUUUUCAAAUCUGUGGUUUUAAUGGGUUUGUUAUGUCUUUCCCUUUAUUGAGAAUUUAGGAUGACUGAGGGAGAUACAGAGUAGAGAAGAAGUGAGGGCUCCUGCAGGAUUCAGUGUUAAGCUGUGUGGUCCCAGAGGUAGGAGUCCCAACACUGGCUGUGGGGACAGAGUUUAUACACUGUGGUGUGUACCCUUGUAUUUAGUUCAGAGGGUUGUCCCGUAAAUAAACAAUUCAAACUA